AUGGAUGGGAAAAAAAUUACGAGGCCAAAGAAUCCGGAAGAAGAAGCAGAUUUUUUAUCAAAAACAUUUUUUCUAUGGACUGUAAAUAUUUUUCGCAGAGGUUUAAAAAAUCCUCCUAUGACGAUUGACGAAGUAUGCAGGCCUAUGACGCAAGAUUCAGCCGACAGUCUCGGGAAUAGGUUGGAAGAAAAAUGGAUGGAAGAAUUGAAAAAUGCAAAAAGAAACGGGAGAGAUCCCAAAUUGGUUUACGCGGCAUUUAAAACGUUCGGAUUGGGAUAUGGAAGCCUGGGAUUUAUUCACGUAAUCAACGAAUUUUUAAAGUUAAUACAACCGAUAUUUUUAGGACAACUACUCUCGUAUUUCACGCCCUCAUCGGAAAUGACGCAAAAAGAAGCGCUCUUGUAUGCAUCCAUGAUGAUAGGAUGCAUAUUUUUAUCAUCGUUAUUAGGGAAUCAUUAUAUUAAAAAUAGUUUUCAAUACGGGAUGAGAUUAAGGGUUGCCUGCUCAUCUUUAAUAUACCGAAAGUCUUUAAAAAUCGAUAAAUCGGCACUUGGAGAUACAGCUUCCGGUCAAGUAGUAAACCUGUUAGCAAAUGACGUCAGUCGUUUCGAUUUCCUAACCGUUUUCUUACACUUUUUAUGGUCUGCACCAUUGAGCGCGAUUGCGGUCAUGUAUUACAUGUGGAUCGAAGCCGGACCGAUAUCCCUCGUGGGAAUUGUCGCAAUACUUACAAUAGUGCCUUUACAGGCAUACACCGGAAAAUUGUCAUCGAAAUUUCGUCUGCAGACAGCGUAUAAAACGGACGAAAGAAUUCGUUUGAUGGAUGAAAUAAUAUGCGGGAUACAAGUGAUUAAAAUGUACGCUUGGGAAAAACCAUUCGCCGAAAGAAUAUCAAAAUCUAGAAAGGAUGAAUUAGGAAAAUUGAUAAAAUCGGCAUACGUUAGAGGUUUAUACAUGACAUUUAAUUUGUUCACGACAAGAUUUUCAAUAUUUUGUACCAUGAUGGCAUUGAGUUUUACAGGAGGAAGUUUAUCAGCGGAAAAGAUAUUUGUUUACUCAACUUAUUUCGGUAUGUUGAGUUUUAAUCUUUCGGGAAUGUGCGUGAGAGGUUUUGCUGAAAUUGCAGAAUGUUGGGUUUCAUUCGGUCGUUUAACGAAAUAUUUACUGUUGGACGAAAUAACAAACAUACCGAAUGAAAAAAAAAUAACGAAUUUCGAUAGAGUCGGUGAAAUAACAUUACAAAAUGCAUCGGCGAAAUGGGACUCGACGUCACAGGAAUACACAUUACAAAAUUUAAAUUUAAAUUUAAAAAAAGGAAGUUUAACGGCUGUCGUGGGACACGUGGGCGCGGGAAAGAGUUCUCUGUUGCAAGCUCUGUUGGGUGAAUUGAAAUUUUCCGAUGGGAAAAUUUCGAUAUCGGGUACUCUAUCGUAUUGCAGUCAAGAACCUUGGGUGUUUUCAUCGUCCGUGAGACAAAACAUCAUUUUCGGUUUGCCUUUCAAUAAAACUCGUUACGCGGAAGUCGUACGAGUGUGUGCUUUAAACCACGAUUUCUUUCAAUUUCCCGAAGGUGAUAAAACGAUCGUGGGUGAUAGGGGUGCAUCGUUAUCGGGUGGACAAAGAGCGAGAAUAAAUUUAGCCAGAGCUUUAUAUAAGGAUGCUGAUAUUUACCUUUUGGACGAUCCAUUAUCAGCCGUCGAUGCUCACGUUUCGAAUCAUUUGUUUCACGAAUGCAUAUCACAAUUUUUAAAAGAUAAAACGAGAAUAUUAGUCACUCAUCAAUUACAAUAUUUACGAAAAGCAGACUACGUCAUACUUCUCGAUAACGGAGUCGUGAGACAUCAGGGAACAUUCAAUUCCCUCACCAAAACCAACAUCGACGUCCCGAUGUUAUUCGCCGAAGAUGAUGAAAAACGCGAGGGUGAGGAAUUUGAUAAUGAUGAUGAUGUUGAAAAAGAAUCGAGUGGAAAAAUGUUGAGAAGAAUAUCGAGAAUGUCAUCGACACAUUCGACAAAAAGUAAUAAAACAAACGAUUCGAUGGAAAGUUUAGAUUCGAUAGGACAUGCGCAAACGGCUAUGCCAUUGGAAGACAUUGAAAAAACCGUUAACAUAUCAUUCAUUGAUUAUUUCCUAUCGGGAAUAAAUAAAUUCACUUUAUUCGUUUUAUUUUCUUUUUUCCUAUUGGCUCAAACGUCGGCUAGUUUGUGCGAUUAUUGGAUGUCCGUUUGGGCUUCACAAAGUUUUGAAUUACAAAGUCAAUUAGAAUCAUCAAAUAAUAAUAAUAAUAAUAAUAAUACGCAAGAUUUAAAUGAAACAUUUAUUGAAAUAUUAAAUGAUACGUUCGAAACAAAUAAAACACAAUCUUACGGUACCCGAAAAGAAACCAUAUUUAGUUCGCUGACGACGGAAACGUGUCAAAUCGUUUACACAUGUUUAAUAAUAACAUUAUUUUUAUUGGCGUUCAUACGAUCGAUUGUGUUUUAUAACAUAUGCAUAAAAUGUUCUCAAAAACUUCACGAUUUCAUGUUUAAUAAAGUUUGUCAAACGUAUCUGUCAUUUUUUCACGCGAAUCCAUCGGGUCGAAUAUUGAAUCGUUUUUCAAAGGAUUUAGGUUCGGCGGAUGAAUUUUUACCCAAAGCUUUAUUAGAUGCAUUUCAAAAUAUAAUGAUCGGAAUCGGAGCCGUCACGGUUAUCCUAAUCGUUCAAUACAUGUACAUAAUACCCUUGAUAUUGAUUAUGUGCGUGGGUGGUUUAGCAAGAAACGGUUUCGUCAAAACAUCAACGGCGAUAAAAAAAAUCGAAGGAGCGACACGAAGUCCUGUUUUUGGUCAUUUAAAUACGACUCUUCAAGGUAUAACAACGAUAAGAGCUUACGGUGCUGAAGAAACGUUAAAAAAAGAAUUUGAUAAUCAUCAGGAUCUUCAUACAGGUUCGAUGUCCCUUUUCAUAGGUGUGGGUACGGCUUUCGGUGGACUCAUUGAUUUAUUGUGCCUUAUAUUAAUUGCCUUCGUUACAUAUUUUUUACUUUUAGUUCAAACGAAUUUAACGGGUGGAGAAGUCGGUCUUGCCAUAACACAAAUAUUAGCAAUAACGGCAUGGUUUCAAUGGGGUAUGAGACAAUCAGCGGAAAUAUCAAAUCAAUUAGUUUCUGUCGAAAGAGUUUUAGAAUAUACGAAAUUAGAAAGAGAAGAAAAUUUAGAAUAUUCAAUAACGGAAAAGGUUGGAGAACAAUGGCCGACUCACGGUGGAAUAGAAUUUAAAAACGUUUAUCUUCAUUACGGUUCUAUAAAAAAAAGUCCAGCGUUGAAAAAUUUAACGAUAACCGUUUUGGCGGGAGAAAAAGUCGGAAUCGUCGGAAGGACGGGAGCUGGAAAAUCGUCCAUCAUAUCCGCACUUUUUCGUUUGGCCAUAGUCGAAGGUUCCAUAGAGAUCGAUGGGGUGGACACGUCCAAAGUUUCGUUGCAAAGGUUACGUAGAAGCAUUUCAAUCAUACCGCAAGAACCCACCCUUUUCACCGGAACGAUAAGAAAAAAUCUCGAUCCGUUCGAGAAUUAUUCGGAUGCUAUGCUUUGGCAAGCGUUGGAAGAAGUCGAACUUAAAGACGCUUUACUUAACGGUUUAAAUAGCGUGGUUUUAGAAAAGGGUAAUAAUUUUUCCGUUGGACAAAAACAACUCGUUUGCUUAGCGCGCGCUCUAUUGAGAAAAAAUAAAAUUUUGCUGUUGGAUGAAGCAACGGCAAACGUGGAUCAGCGAACGGAUGGUUUAAUACAACAAACAAUAAGAAAUAAAUUUGCGGAUUGUACCGUUUUUACAAUUGCUCACAGAUUAAAUACCGUCAUGGAUUGCGAUAGAUUAUUAGUUAUGAAUGAUGGAACCGCUGUCGAAUUUGAUAAACCGUUGAAUCUCCUUAAAAAAGAAAACGGUUACUUAAAUAAAAUGGUUCAAGAAACUGGGGCAUCAAUGGCGGAACAAUUAAGAAACAUGGCGGCGGAAUCAUCGAAUAAUAAAAAAUGA